AUGAAUCAUUCUCUUCAUAACAAUCACGUUCUUAGAAACCUCAUGAACACCGCAGCUACCAUGAAGCACCUCAAAUCAGCGCUUUACAAAUCGAACAUGAAUUAUUGUUCUCAACAAUUCCGAUCCUCCACUUUACGAUAUUAUCAUACAAGCACACAUUCCGAUUUGCAUCAUUUUGCAGAAGUGAAUCAGAAGGAAAAGUCACAACAUGAAAUUCUCGAAAAAUUGCAACAUCAACGUUCGCAGCAGCAAUCACACAACAAUAUGUUCGGAAAAUUGAAAGUUGAUAAAGAAGGAGUUAAAUACGAAAUGACGGACAAGACGAAUGAACCACAGCAGCAGCCACAGAAUAAGGAACAACAAUCAAACAAGUUUAAGAAGAGUUUGGAAAAUUCUAGAGAUUUGAUGUGUAAUAAGAAACGACAUGAUGUCUUGUUGCAACAAAAGUCAGAAUAUUUCUUGUAUUUGUAA